AGACGGAGAAAACGGACAGCGGCGGGAAAACUGACGUCCUUCAGACUGAAGCUGGGGAAGCUAAAGGUGGUGCGGCGGCAGCUGCUGCAAAGGUAUGAACACCAGCCAUUUGUCUCCUGCCUGGCUGGCCUCUACGGCUGCCAAUGGAGACGAUACCAAAGAGCCCGGGCACAGCCGGGAGAGUGCUGCUGCAGCAAGGUGGAGUGUGGCAGCUUUGGCCUCCUGAUCCUCACCUUUUUCCUGAGUUUUGUGUUCCUCUAUUUCUGGAGUGAAGCCCAGAACGACUACAAUGACUUUGACUGGUUUAACUUUGGGAAUCUUGGGUUCUGGUUCCCCUGGUCUCUGGUCCUGCUGAUUGUUGCUGCGGCUCUCUUCACAUACAUCGCUCUGCUAUUGGUGCUGGCGGUGUGUUUGCUUUCUGAGGGCCAGAGGUUGUACCUUCACUGGAGCCACAAGUCUGGUAUUGUGGUGACGCUGGCGUUCUCCGUCACAGCCACCGCCAUCCUCUCUGACCUGUGGAGCAAAGAAUGGAAGACUCUCCUCCUGUCUCUGCAGGUCACAGCACCUUACCUACAUGUGGCUGCAGUGUCAUUGAUGGCGAUUCUUUCCUGGCCAAUAGCAUUACAUUUCUUUCGCAUGAACAAGAAAGUCCGUCAGGUGGCCGUCUUGGGACUCUUUCUGUCCGUGCUGUUCUCGCUCUACUUGGUUCCUCUGGGAAUGUACUCGCCCUGCAUCAAAGAGGCGGGAACUCUGGGACCUGCGCCUACUCUCAUUGGGCACAGAGGAGCUCCAAUGCUCGCUCCGGAGAACACUGUGAUGUCUUUUGAGAAGGCAGUGGAAGCUGGAGGAGAAGGACUGGAGACUGAUGUCACCAUCAGUUUUGAUGGCGUUCCCUUCCUGAUGCACGACGCCACCCUGAAGAGGACCACUAACAUCGCAGAGGUUUUCCCAAACAGGACACACCUCGACGCCUCCAUGUUCACUUGGACCGAGCUGCAGCAGUUGAACGCUGGUGAUUGGUUCUUAUCGAGGGAUCCGUUUGGCACCGUGUCAUCCCUCUCUGCAGCAGACCGCUCCCAGGCCCAGAACCAGUCUAUUCCCUCACUGGUCCAGUUCCUGGAGGUAGCGGCCCGAAGUGGCAGACUCGUACUGUUCGACCUGCGCAGGCCACCGCUUGGACACCCAUACAGUCAGUCAUACAUCAACACCACUCUACAGGUGGUACAGGCCCACAUCAACUCCUCGCAGGUCCUGUGGCUGCCAUCUGAAGACAGGGACCAGGUCCAGGCUGUGGACCCACACCUGCAGCAGACCUCUGGAGAAAAGGCUUCUAUCCAGGAGCUGACAGAUGGACACAUCACCAGACUGAACCUGCACUACAGCACCAUGUCUCAGCAACAGAUCCGAAAGUACCAGUCAGUGAACAUCAGCACUAACCUGUAUGUGAUCAGCCAGCCUUGGCUCUACACACUGGCCUGGUGUGCUGGAGCGCAGUCCGUGACCACCAACUCCAUC